AUGGCGACACGGGCUAAGACAUUUCCACACAUUGCAACCCAGCUCUCACGAGCUCGUACUGCUAGAUUUUCGACAUCAUCGAGAGUGUUUGGAUAUGCUGACACGCUGCCUAAUUUGAAGAUUGGAGCACAUACGAAGGUUUUAUAUCAAGGGUUUACUGGCCGUCAAGCAACUGCAAAUGCCAAGGAGUCGUUAGAAUGGGGUACCAAAAUCGUUGGUGGUGUCAAGCCGGGGGUGGAAGGCGAGCAUCUAGGCUUGCCUAUCUUCCCUUCGGUGCGAGUGGCCAAAGAGAAAUCAAACCCAGAUGCAUCUGCCAUUUAUGUGCCAGGGGAUCAGACGGCGCAAGCAAUUGAGGAGGCGAUAGAAGCCGAAAUUCCUCUAGUUGUUGCCGUUGCAGAACAUGUUCCAGUUCAUGAUAUGCUACGAAUUCAUUCCAUACUCCAAACACAGUCCAAGACUAGAUUAGUAGGCGCAAACUGUCCCGGCAUUAUAUCCGCAGUCGGCAAGUGUCGUAUAGGAUUUCAGCCUUUGCCAUGUUUCGCCCCCGGUAGAAUAGGUGUCGUUGCCAAAUCUGGGACAUUGAGUUACGAGGCCGUAGGGUCACUGACUCGAGCUGGUUUGGGGCAGAGCCUAUGCAUUGGCAUGGGAGGCGAUGUGUUGGCGGGAACGAACUUUAUCGACGCGAUGAAAAUCUUUGAGAAUGACCUAGACACUGAUGGUAUCGUUCUCGUUGGUGAGAUUGGUGGCACUGCUGAAAUGGAUGCUGCGGAGUGGAUCAAGGACUACCACAAGAGAACCGCAGACCCGAAACCGAUAAUGGCUUUAGUUGGCGGAUUAGAAGCCCCAAAAGGCCGAGUAAUGGGACAUGCUGGAGCAUGGGUUGCACCCGGUGAACCUGAUGCUAGGGCCAAGUAUGUGGCACUUCAAAAGGCCGGAGUGACUCUUGUGAGCCAUCCAGAGAAAUUUGGGCCUGGAAUGAAGACACUUCUGGGGAACUCCGGACGUCUUUCGAACUCUAGCACAUCACCAUCAGCCGGUCAACGGAGAGGGUAUCACACAGCGACACGGACUAGAACUAGGGUUCAACCUAUUCAGCGCCGUUUCCUACACAUCAAACAACAUCAAGCGUUCGAUAUGCUUCAAGAAGCAAAUAUUCAAACGCAAGCAAAGCAGGCUUCUCCAGAAGACUUUCAUCUAUCAAUUACUGUUGAUCGAACAUCCCGUUCACCCUGCAUUACUGUCUCGUCUGGCAGUAAGUCUACAGAAUCAUCAUUAAGAAUUCUAUUCAACUACACAAAUCCCGAAUUCUCCACGAAUACAACCAGCGCAGUUCAAUCCGAGAUCGUCUCAUUCCUUGGCUAUGAGACCGACCACCAAGAGACACUGGGCAAAUAUCUUCAAGGGCUUUAUAAGAUCUUCAAGACCAACGAGGCUUUUGUGCUGGAGACAAGAGCUUCAUUUUCAUCUGAAAAGAACAUAGUGGUACAUGAGGCAAGAUUUGGGUUUGAUGAUGCUGCUUAUAAGAGCUCUGGACGACAUGAGAAACUACACCAGCUUCGUGAUGUUGCUGCGGAAGUUCCUGAAGAGGUCAGGGCAGAGAAAAGUGGUAUAGUCUACGUGAAACUGAACGGCGAUGGAAGUAUCGGUACAUUGGUAAACGGAGCCGGCCUCGCCAUGAACACCGUGGAUGCCCUGAUCCUGAAGGGCGGCAAACCAGCCAACUUCCUCGACACAGGCGGCAAAGCCACGACAGCCACUGUCAAAGAAUGUUUCAGCAUUUUAUGCGAGGAUGCUCGCGUAAAGACGAUCUUUGUCAACAUCUUUGGCGGAUUGAUUAGAUGCGAUAUGAUUGCGGAGGGUAUUAUGGAGGCCUUUAAAGAACUAGACAUGAAGAUACCCGUCGUUGUACGAUUAAGAGGUACCAAUGAAGAAAAGGGGCAGAAAUUGAUUGCCGAAAGUGGUCUCCCAUUGCAUGCCUUUGAUAGCUUCGAGGAAGCGGCAGAGAAGGUCAUCAGCCUUACUAAAGCCUAA